GGACGCGUGACGUAAUGAGGAAGUCUUUUCCUGCUCACCUGCUGGAGGAGAGACGGUCGGACAGGUAAACACAGUGACGCCGACUCGUGAUUUAGAGGUUUAACAUGUUUCUGUUGAGCUGAGGUCGCUGCUUCGACAACAAACAAACCACAGAGAACCAGUAGAGUCCAGCAGCUGCAGAGUGGAGGUGUGUGUGAUGAGGCUGUAGUGUUUGAGCUUCAGGAUGGAGAUCCUGGUGGCCAAGCUGCUCGGCCUGUUGGGAUUGUUCGGUCUCAUGCUGGCGGGUGUACUGGUCCCAGUGCGCCUCCUGCUAGCCGACUACGACAAGGCACACAGAUACAGGAGAGCUCUGUCUCUGUGUAACUCGUUUGGAGGAGGCGUGUUCCUGGCAACAUGCUUCAACGCUCUGCUGCCUGCCGUCAGAGACAAGGUGGCCGAAGUGUUCCAGCAGCUGAAGAUCAGCAGUGACUAUCCUCUGGCUGAGACAAUGAUGAUGCUUGGCUUCUUUCUCACCGUGUUCGUGGAGCAGGCCGUGCUCACCUUCAGGAAGGAGAAACCGUCCUUCAUCGACCUGGAGACCUUCAACGCCGGUGGCUCCGAGGCCGGCAGCGACUCAGAGUACGACACGCCCUUCAUCUCCUCUGCGCGGGGCUCGCCGGGCGAGGGUGGCGAGCACCGUUCCCAUGGACACCAUCACGGACACUUCAGCCCCGCUGAGCUGGCGGGGGCGGGGCCUCUGCGGUUAGCCAGCCUGGUCCUGGCUCUGUCGGCUCACUCUGUGUUUGAGGGCCUGGCGCUCGGUCUGCAGGAGGACGGAGCUAAGCUGGGCAGCCUCUUCCUGGGCGUGGCCGUGCACGAGACACUGGCCGCCGUGGCACUCGGGGUGAGUGUGGCCAAGGCGUCGCUCGGCAUGAAGGACGCCGCCAAGCUGGGCGUCAUGGUCAGCCUUAUGAUCCCGCUGGGGAUGGUGGUGGGGAUGGGUAUCGAGUCAACUCAGACGCUGGCGGGCAGCAUGGUGUCGGUGGUGCUGCAGGGAUUCGCCGCCGGAACCUUCCUGUUUGUCACCUUCUUUGAGAUUCUGUCCCGAGAGCUGGAUGACAAACGGGACCGGCUGCUCAAAGUGCUCUUCCUCAUCCUCGGCUACACGGUGCUCGCCGCACUCGUCUUCAUCAAGUGGUGACACACAGGAAGUGCCCUGACACACAAGUGCUCUGACACACAGCAAUACCAAAGGAAUACUCAUAACUCCAUAAAGGCAGCAGAAACAUCUGGAUCAGCUGGAUGAACACAAGCUGUCAGCUGUGUCUGUGAUGUAAACAGUUUAAACAGAAAUAUAACAAAUGAAUCUUAAAGAGUAACGUUCCCCCCCGUAAAAUCUUGUCUGUACUGACCUCCAGUAGUUUAACUUGCUGCAGUGAUCUACAGGUAUACUCCAGGACACUAUGACAUCACUGUUGGGUGUGGUUACAAGUGAAACACACAUGUAACUUCCACCAGAAGGCAGCAAAACAAACCUUCUCGCCAAAACUCAUUGUGUGUACCUUUGAGACCUCCCCGAGAUGGCUGAGACCAAAAGGAGCAUUUCUGAUAUUUCCCCAAAGGCUUUUUCUUUUCUUCAUUCAAAUGAUUAACAUUACUUAAAAAACAACGUCAACAUUAUUUAUGACUACAAAAACAGAAGACUAAAUGUAAUUUAAUUUGGGCUUUAGCAUGUUUAUUUAAAAUCCUCUAGGUAUAAGUUACAAAAUUACUGGAAUUUGAAUUCUAGAUUCUAAAUUGAAUGUUUGAAGUUGUUGAAAUGCAGGCUGAAGCAGCUAAAUGAAGAUAAAUAUACUGUAAUAAUCAUUUAAGAAUGGGAGACGUUGCUGAAAGGGGAUAUGUUCAGUGAAGAAACAAGAAGAAAAAACACAUAAUGACUUCAAACAUUGUAAAGACAAGUGAAUUAUUGUAGGUAAGUAACAAAUAUACAUCAAAUAAUAUAUUUCAUUGACAAGUAAUUAAUCGCUUUUUUGCACUUUUUCAUUUCUGCAAUACUUUUUUUUACCAGUUACCCCUCAUGUCAAUACACUGUUGUAAACCAAAAGUUCAGAGGUGGAAGAAGAACUCAGAUCUUUUACUUAAGUAAUUGGAUUAUAAUUAUUGAUGCGUUAAUGUAUUUAUCACUUCAAUGUUGCAGCUAGUAAAGGUGGAGCUAAUGUUAAUUACUUUAUAUACUGCUGGCUGGCUUAAUCUAUAUUAUUACACGGCUUUGUUGAAUACUCGAUUCUGAUUGGUCAACUACGGCAUUCUAUGGUCUGUUAUUUCUCUAUAGCAGACCGUUGCUAUGGACGCAGUUCUGAUCUCUGUACACAGCGAGAGGACUAUUCUUUUAGCGGAAGCAAUGAAAUCAUUUUAAAUCAAUAUUUUGUGUCAAAUUAUAGCUCUCUUUGGUAAGUAGCUAUGUAAUAAGAGGGAUAAUGAACCCCGACAGGGUGAGCAGGACUCUGCAUCAUAAUUUAUUAGUUGAUUAUAUUUUGUAUUAUCAAUUUGAAUCUGCAAAGUAACUACAGCUGUCGAGUAAAUGUAGUGCAAUAAAAAAGUACAAUAUUUCCCUCUGAGAUGUAGUGGAGUAGAAGUAUAAAGUAUAAAAUAAAUACUCAAGUAAAGUACAAGUAGCUCAAAAUUGUACUGGUGUAAAAUUACUUAGUUACUUUCCACCACUGCAAAAGUCAAAUACAGAGUCUGGUGUUAAGUUCCGCUUUAGUUUUUUAAUAAACCUAGUCUCUGUAUGAAGUUGAAAUAAUCACACUGGAGCCUUUUACAGAUACUCGACAACAUAUAUCCAUGUACAUGCAUAUUUUUAUGACUUUUUUCAUUGUUGUGUGUUCAUAUUGUGAUCUUGAAUAGUUUUGUAUUUAUGAUGGUGUCAUCCCAUUGUUGUCUCAUGUUUCUUUUGUGUUAGUAGAAAUUAAAGUGAUUAUUAACAUA